GGAGGGGGAGUGUAAACUAGAGGAGGGCGAAGGAAGCGAGGCGCGACACUGCUCGCGGAGAGGAGGGGAGUGCGGAGCGGCGCGCACAGCUCCGCGGGCGGAGAGGAGGGAGCGCGGCGCAGAGAGGAGGGGCUUGCGGCCCCGUAGAAAUGUCAAUCAGAGCCCUGAGACCCGGGAAUCUCGGCCAAUCUGUUCCGACCUGACCUGGCUCCUCGCCGCCGCCGCCGCCGCCGCCGCCGCCGCCGCGGAGCAGAUCAAUAGGCGAACGCGGAGCGCAGCUCAGAGCGGCCCAGGCUCGGCCCAGCCCCCGAUGAGCGCCGGAGCCCGCGUGCGGCGCUGAGCUCGGCGGCCCCGGGGGCCCGGCCCCCUCUCCGUCGGUGCCCCACGGGCCACCAUGUCCUUCCCCCAGCUCGGAUACCAGUACAUCCGCCCGCUCUACCCACCCGAGCGGCCGGGAGCUGCGGCCGGCGGCGGCGGCAGCGCAGGGGCCCGGGGCGGUCCCGGUGCCGGAGCCUCGGAGCUGGCUGCCUCGGGGUCCCUGUCCAAUGUGCUCUCCUCAGUGUACGGGGCGCCCUACGCCGCUGCCGCAGCCGCCGCCGCCGCCGCCCAGGGCUACGGCGCCUUCCUGCCCUACGCAGCCGAGCUGCCCAUCUUCCCGCAGCUGGGCGCACAGUAUGAGCUGAAGGACAGCCCUGGGGUCCAGCAUCCGGCCACGGCCGCCGCCUUCCCGCACCCGCAUCCCGCCUUCUACCCCUACGGCCAGUACCAGUUCGGUGACCCGUCCCGUCCGAAGAACGCCACCCGGGAGAGUACUAGCACUCUCAAGGCCUGGCUCAACGAGCACCGCAAGAACCCGUACCCCACCAAGGGCGAGAAGAUCAUGCUGGCCAUCAUCACCAAGAUGACUCUCACCCAGGUGUCCACCUGGUUCGCCAACGCGCGCCGGCGCCUUAAGAAGGAGAACAAGAUGACCUGGGCGCCCCGCAGUCGCACGGACGAGGAGGGCAAUGCCUAUGGGAGCGAGCGGGAGGAGGAAGACGAAGAGGAAGACGAAGAGGAUAGCAAACGCGAGCUGGAGUUGGAGGAGGAGGAGCUGGGAGGGGAGGAGGAGGACACGGGGGGCGAGGGCCUGGUGGACGACGAGGACGAGGAGAUCGAUUUGGAAAACUUAGACGGCACAGCAGCCGGGUCUGAGCUGGGCCUGGCAGGGGCCACGCGCAGGGACGGCGACCUCGGCCUAAGACCCAUUUCGGACUCCAAAUAUAGCGACUCGGAAGACAGCUCCGAAGGUUUGGAGGAGCGGCCACUGUCGGUCCUGAGCCUGGCCUCAGCGCAACCGCCAGUGGCCACGGCUCCUCCGUCUCCACCCUCCCCUCCCUCGGGCCUGGACCCCUGCGCUCCCGCACCAGCGCCCUCCUCCGCCCUGCAGAAGCCCAAGAUCUGGUCCCUGGCCGAGACGGCCACCAGCCCGGACAACCCUCGCCGCUCGCCCGCUGGAGCCGGAGGCUCUCCUCCCGGGGCAGCCGUAGCGCCCCCGCCGCUGCAGCUCUCCCCCGCCGCAGCCGCUGCAGCCGCCGCAGCUCACAGACUCGUCUCGGCGCCGCUUGGCAAAUUCCCGGCUUGGACCAACAGGCCGUUCCCGGGCCCGCCGCCUGGCCCUCGGCCUCACCCGCUUUCCCUGUUGGGCUCGGCCCCUCAGCACCUGCUGGGACUUCCCGGAGUCGCCGGUCACCCCGCUGCGGCCGCCGCCUACGCUCGGCCCACGGAGCCAGAGGGUGGAACAGAUCGCUGUAGUGCCUUGGAAGUGGAAAAAAAGUUACUCAAGACAGCUUUCCAGCCGGUGCCCAGGCGGCCCCAGAACCACCUGGACGCUGCUUUGGUGUUAUCGGCUCUCUCCUCAUCCUAGUUCUGUCUGUCAACAAUUUUUAAAUCGUUGUACUAAUUGUAAAAACAAAUUGCUUUGUAUAGUGACGACUUGCAAGCAUGUCUGUGUAUGAGUACCUAAAAAAAAAAAACACUAAGCAAAAAAAGAAAGAAGAAAUAAAGCCAGUCCCCCUCGGCCCUCCCCAAAUUGCUUCUGUCUGCCCCACAUUAGCUGCUAUUGUGAGGUUUGUUUGUUCGGUUGAUUUGGGAGGGUGGAGUUUCAGAGAGAUCACGCCUGUCUGACUCAUUUUGUAUAUACAGAAAAAUGUACAUAUGUGUGAACCAAAUUGUACAAGAAAGUAUCUAUUUUUGGCUAAAUAAAUGAGCUGUUGCCACUUUUGACUAUAA